GAACGCCAGCGUAGUAAACAAAAGCAGUACAAGAUGUCCGCAUCGAUUUAAAACUUUGAAUAAUUUUUAAUCUUUUGUAAACAAUCGAGUGCGAGCGUGCUCAAAAGCAGCCUACUAGUAUGAGCAUUAAAAUUGAUAUCAACGUUUGCCGGGUGUGCUGCAAAUCGGAAGCAGCCAAUUCGAUUCUAGCGUACGCCCAAAAGUUCACUUACUGCACUGGUCUACAGGUCGUAGAGAAUGACGGUCUUCCGGACAAAAUAUGCGAUGCCUGUUUGGAACGGAUGAAAAUCGCAGCUGACUUCAAGAAGAAAAGUGAAAGUUCCGAUCGGCAGCUGCGAAAAUUUAUUGCCAAUGUGAACAGUCAGUUUCAUAUGACGUUGGUGAUUUCGGAGGAUGUUGACGACGAUGAAACCAUUCCGAUUGAGAAGCAGAAUGACAAAGAGCCAAAACUGACUCUUACGGAGGCUACGGAACCAUUCAUGAUCACUGUUCCUACGAAUAGUGCCCUUGGAACGACGAAAGUGCUGUCGGAAGAUGCGGAAGCUGAAAUGUGUGUUGAGGUAGAACAGGAACCAGAACCGCAACCGGAAGCAGAGUCGGAACCGGAGCUAGAACAGGAGCCGGAAAAGUUUCGAGCUGUGGCAGUUAUCCAGGAGAAACCGAUUAUUCAACCGAAAAAUGAGAUGUUUGAAGUUCUUGAAAUUGACUACGCGGACCAACAGAUGGAUCAGAAUGCGGAGGAGGAUGACGAUAUGGACACUAGAGAGCAGAUAUUACCUGAUGAAGCAGAGGAAACAGACGAGUCUCAGCAUGUAGUCUACAUUAGCAUUCCGAAGCGCUAUCAGGAUAAUUCUCAAGUCGGCGACGAAAUCACUGUGGAUUUUCAAAGCAGAGGCAGUGAUUCACCUAACAGUGUCCAACAGGAAGACGAACCGAAAUAUGAAUUAAAACAGGACGUGAGCAAAACGAGAUCGACCGCCAACAAAAAGUCUGACGUUCGAUUCGAGUGUACUCAGUGUGCGAAAUUCUUUUCCACCAAAACCAAUCUAAACCGACACCUGCAGGCACACGAUGGCCACAAGCCUUACGUGUGUCUUCUCUGUGCGAAGGGCUUCACUCAGAACGGUUCCCUGAAGCAACACAUGCUCAUCCAUCAGAACAUCCGGCCGUACGUUUGCACGGUUUGCGAGCAGAGCUUCAGUCAGCAAAAAUCGCUUACAUUCCACAUGCGGCGGCACACGAACGAAAAACCAUUCGUUUGUCCACACUGUUCGUUCGCUUUCCGCCAGAAGGAUGGUCUGAAGCGACACAUGCUGGUCAAGCAUACCGAGCGCGACGGCAAAAGUUUUGCCUGCGAUCUGUGCGGUAAAACUCUGAACACCCGGUACGGGUUAGCCAUGCAUCGGAAACGACACGAGGAUGGAGGUGGUCGAUCGCGGGAGUCGGAUACGAGCGAUGGUAUCGAGCAUAAAAUUGUUAUUGUGGCUGACUAAAUCAAAGCAACGAGCAUUUACCUUUAAGAAUAUAGUUUUGUCCCCCAAACGUCAUGUGAAAUGCGAUUACGAAUAAGUAUCUGUGUAGAAAUAAACAAAUACCAACUCAAAA